AUGGCUUCCGAAUUUUCAUUAUCAAAUAACUCAAUUCAUACAAAACGAGCUCUUCUCAUUGGAAACAAUGAAUACAAGAAAAAUAGUCAACUUCGAUAUUGUAUCAAUGAUGCUGAAGAUCUUGCUAAAAAAUUACAUAACAUCAACUUUGAAAUCACAGUUGGUGCUAAUUUAACAUAUGAAGAGAUGGAUAGAAUAAUCGAAGCGUUUAAUGAUAAGAUAAAUCCAGGUGAUCUUGUAAUUUUCUUUUUUUCGGGUCAUGGAUAUCAAUGGAGUCAUCUAAAUUUUCUCAUACCGAUUGAUGAAGAUCGAAUUACAACAAAUACUGAUCUCAAAUAUCGAGCAAUAAAUGCUCAAGCUAUACUUGAAAAGAUUAUGGGUCGUCGCCCAUCAGCAUCUAUAUUUCUUCUAAAUUGUUCUCGAAAUAGUUUUGUAUGCGAAUCAUCAAAUUCUAACGAUCUUUCAAGUAUACGAGCGGUUCCUAAUUCAUUUAUUGGUUUUGCAUAUGAUACAAAUAAAGUUGCAUUAGAUGAAUCAAUAAAUGAUCGAAAUAGUUUAUUUACAUAUCAUCUUCUUCAACAUAUUGAUCAACCGAAUUUAACUAUUGAUGAAAUAAUGUAUGAUGUUUGUGAUGGUGUAAUGAAAGAAACAAAUGAUGAUCAAUGUCCAUUUCGAGUAUCUUCGCUUCGACGGAGAGUUUAUUUAAACCAACAAUUUACAACUAAACAAUCAUCCCUUGUCAAUCAUAUUAACAUCAACACCAAAUGGAAACAACAUGGAAUUACCGUUGCUGGAGGUAAUGGAUAUGGUAAACAGUUAAAUCAACUCUCCCUUCCUUGGGGUAUCUAUGUUGAUGAUGAUCAUCAAACUAUUCAUAUUGCUGAUUGUUUUAAUCAUCGUAUUGUGGAGUGGAAAUGUGAAGCAAAGAAUGGUCAAGUUGUUGCAGGUAAAAUUGGAGAAGGAAAUCGAAGUGACCAAUUGAACCAGCCAAGAGAUGUGAUUGUUGAUGAAAAGAAUGAUUCUAUUAUCAUUUGUGAUAGUGGAAACAGACGAGUGGUACGAUGGUCUCGUCAAAACGGAACAAACGGAGAAACAAUCAUUUCUGACAUUGAUUGCUGCGGUCUGACAAUGGAUAAGAAUGGAGAUCUUUAUGUCUCUGACUGCGUAAAGAAUGAAGUGAAACGAUGGAAACAAGGAGAGAGAAAAGGAACAAUAGUAGCAGGUGGAAAUGGACAAGGAAAUCAUCUCAAUCAACUUCAUUAUCCUAUUUAUAUCUUUGUUGAUGAAGAUCAUUCCGUUUAUGUGUCGGAUUUUGAGAAUCAUCGUGUGAUGAAAUGGAUGAAAGGUGCAAAAGAAGGUAUUGUUGUUGCUGGUGGAAAUGGUCAUGGGAAUAGCUUAACACAAUUGUCUUAUCCUUUGGGAGUGAUUGUCGACCACUUUGGUAGUGUUUAUGUGGCUGACCGAUACAAUGAUCGAAUAAUGCGUUGGUGUGAAGGAUCUUGCGAAGGUAGUAUUGUUGUUGGUGGAAAUGGAAAAGGAAAUGAACCAAAUCAGUUCAAUGGUCCCAUAGGUUUAUCAUUCGAUACUCAAGGUAAUCUCUAUGUUGUCGAUGGGGGUAAUGAUCGAAUACAAAAAGUCGAUAUUGAUUCAAUAUUCAAUUUAUAUGAAGAUCGUGGUAAACUCGCAUCACAUAUGAGUGAUUAUGAUAUGAGUAUACAAUGGCGUCAAAAAUCACUCGUAGCCAAAGAGCAAAAUCAAUUAACUACCAAUUCCAACAUUGGUGAAGCAAACAAUUCGACUGCUUUAGUCGAGCAGUCACCAACAUAUAAAUUUCAGUAUAGUAAUCGACCGAUAGUUUAUAUAGUCGAUCUUGAACUGCCGUCUCCGUCUAUCGAAUGGGAUUUAGAAAUCGCACAGUUGGAGAAACAUAACAUGCAUAGUCAACUUGCCGAUGUUAUACGUGAAUUGAAUCCGACCAUUCCUUUUUACAUACUUGCUUCUAAGCCACCAUCUGACGAAACCAUGUUACAUGCACAACUACUACGUUACUAUUAUCUUCGGACUUCAUCUAACGAACCUCCUCAAACAGAUUUAAACGUUGAUGAUCGCGUCAUCAGCAUCGAUUCAAUUGAUCACUUCGCUAGCGAACUUUAUGAAAAUUUGGGACAAUAUUAUCGAGAUGAAGCUGAAAAAGUCCUGUUUAAACAUCAAGAUCGAGAUGAGGCUAAACAGCUCUUGACGAAAUCGAAAAAAUGUUUUGAAAUAUUAGAACGUGAUAUUGAGAAAACAUUGAAACACUACAAAAAUUUAGCAAUGACGUAA